ACGUUUGACUGCUGUCAACACUACAACCUGCUCAAAACUCAGCCAGCCAUCUUUUGUGGAAAAAUCAUUUGUUUCGUGUCGUCAGGGUAAAUUUCACAAUUGUAAUUAAUGUCAGAGCCACAGUCUUCGCUUUUACUAAAAAAGCAACUAGCAGAACUGAACAAAAAUCCAGUAGAAGGCUUUUCUGCUGGAUUGAUAGACGACAAUGACAUUUACAGAUGGGAAGUUCUCAUCAUUGGACCUCCAGACACACUGUAUGAGGGUGGAUUCUUCAAAGCACAUUUACAUUUUCCAAAGGAAUACCCUCUGAGGCCACCACGGAUGAAAUUUGUAACGGAAAUAUGGCAUCCAAAUAUUGAGAAGAAUGGGGAUGUAUGCAUAUCAAUAUUGCAUGAGCCAGGCGAUGACAAAUGGGGCUAUGAGAAGGCGUCUGAACGGUGGUUGCCUGUGCAUACAGUAGAGACGAUCCUUAUCAGCGUCAUCUCCAUGUUGGCCGAUCCAAAUGACGAGAGUCCCGCUAACGUUGAUGCAGCGAAAGAAUGGCGAGAGCGAUAUUCGGAUUUCAAAAAGAAAGUUGCCAGAUGUGUUAGGAAAAGUCAAGAAGAUUGCUUUUAGGAGUGUGAGGGGUAAAAAAAUGACAGAAAGGGCCAUGUGACAUCACAGUAACACAACACACUUUGAGACAGCCUCCAAGCCGCGGCUGCCACUGCCAGUUAGCGACACUUGUACAUGUGUGCUCAUUCUGUUUCUUUUUACAGAAAGAGUGGAGAGAAUCAUAUUCGGAGUUUAAAAGGAAAGUAGCACAGUGUGUGAGAAAGAGCCAAGAGGAUUGUUCCUAAGUAACAGUGCCCUUUUUCAUUGAUUUAGUUGAAUAGUGAGUGUUUGGUGAUUCAGUUAGAACGUUGCGUGCAGGCCCGGCGUCCUAGUGCGGCCCUCCACCUGGCCAGAGACAAUAUUGAAAUUGAUUUAAAAUAAAAUACUUAUUGUAAUUAAAUGAUAUCGCUGCCGUAUUUUAUAAAUAAUAAAUUAAAAAUAGAAUUCAAGGUCUUUUUCAUCUUUUUUAAGACGUGUUAGCUAGCUAUUGUUAUAAUAAUGAAAUGUGUAUGGUAAUUUUUAUAGAAAAACAAAUCUGCAUUUGUUCUUUUUUCAUAUAAUAAUUUAAAGUUUGAUCUCUGUAUAGUAGAAACCAAUUCUGAAAUAAUUUAAAAGCAAUUAUUUACUAACAUGUCUAUAAACAUGUGAUUUGCAGACAGGAUAAUAUAUAAAUGUAAAAAAAUUGUAAAAGGAAUAAACCUUGUACUUGCAUGUAAAUUGUUAGUUACCAAUCUUUGCGAUGGAUAACAUUUUGGUAGCUUCUCCAAGCCACAAUUUUAAUUCUAGUGCUAAUUUUAGUAGUAAAUAGUUAAUUAUAAUUUUUACUGGAAAACACAUUGUAAACCUAGCUGUGAGGACAACCUUGCACUUUUUGUUUGUAGAUAAAAAUAUGUGCAGUUAGGUGAAAUUAUUUUGCUUUUAUAGGUAGUUGAUAAACUCACUACAAAAAUCGGAUUUCAACAUAAAUAUCCAUAGGUGCAUGAGGUUCACUAGAUUUGUAAUAAAAUCAAUAUUAGUUCUAGAAGAAAGGAAAUUCAGAAUUUUUCAAUUGUGAUGUAGUGUUUGAUUAAUGAACAAAUUUUCGCCUAACUUGGCAUAAAUUAUUGGUUAAUUUUAUUUUUUGUAUUCUGUAAUUCUUUAAUUUCUUUUAUUUGACUCUGAGCAUCAAGUGUUACCAAUUUACCUGUUCUUGAAAGAUGAACCCCAUCAAAACCUAUCAUCGAAUACUGAUUUGUGACGUGUAUCAUAUUUUUACCUAUGUAUGUAUAAUUUUUGCUAUAAAAUUAUAAUGCAGUGAUAA